UCUAGUGAAUGACAUGGAAUUUUAGGAAGCACAUGGAAGUGCCGAUGGAGGAUUGAGAAUAUGUGUAGGUGACUCGGGUUCAAGAAAAUGCAUAAUGGAGUACGAUGAGGAAAAGCAUUACAGAGAAGGAGGGAAAAGAGAAGUUACUAAUAACAUCGAUUUGCACAUGUUUGCACCCUCGUUUCUUGAUCAUUUUGGAUUGAGUUUCUGAUUUCUUGGACUAUUUUACGCUAGGUUGUGUUCCUUUGUCACAUUUCAAGUCCUAGCAUGUGAAUUGAAGCAUAGGCGCAAGUUUCAAGUCAAUCGGAGGUCAUUUGGCAAUUCGGGAGAAGAAACACGAGCAUGACCUGAGGAAUAAUGGACUUCUACCUCAUAUUAUGGACAAAUAAUCAUGGAAUUUUUUUAUGAAAACAAAGAGGACGAGACUACGAGCGUUUGGGAUCAAACGGCGACUGAUUCGGAGUCCGGACGAGGGAGAAACGAAGCAUUAAACAGAGGCUGAGCAAGCCACACGGGCACGACUCACACGGCCGUGUGGAAAUCACCGAGCCUUCACACGGGCAGCUGGGAAAGCCACACGGCCUUAUGAUAGAUAGAAUCUGAGAGAGAGAUCUGGGUUUUUAGUUCCUAAACACCCAAGGGACGAACCCUAGAGAGAGAGAGAGCGACUUGGGAACAUUCUUGGAGCUAUUUUGGAGGAUUUCUUCGCCAUUGGAGCUCCGGAAUCAAGCUUGGAGAUGGAGAUUGAAGAUCUAGAUCAGAUUUCUGCAGUCUCUCUCUUCUCUAUGGAGUAACUUCCCUUCACUUAGGUUUUGAGGAACCCUAGUUCCAUGUGUUAGGAUCUUUCUUGUAUGAAGUUUUGGAUGCUAUAUUGUUUGAUUAUAAUCGAUUGAGGCAUGAUUUAUUGAGUCAAUUGAAUCUUGAUCAAAUUCUCUUGAUUUUUGCUUUAACCUAUGAUAGAUAGAAUCUGAUUAGGUUAAGAGAGCUUCCUUGAUUGAUGGUGGUGAAUUGGUUAUACCAGAGUUAGUCAAUCUACUGCUUUGUACUGGAAUCCAAUUCCGGUAUUGGAGUUCUGUGUUCAUAGCCUCAGCUUUCUAUCCCAGUCAAGGUUAGUCGCCUGCCAGGUAGUUGGACUGAGAGGGCUUGGUCAGCUUAAGAGAUUCCAAGCUACUAUCGGAUCUUCCGCAGUUUAAUCAACAGUAGAUCAACCAAAGGUAAUUGCAACUUGGACCUAAUUGAGGAGCUAGGGGGAUUCAUACCUAAGUGAGUUCACAACUUGUAAUUAGUAGAGUAGUUAGUAGAGUAGUUUAGUAAAUCAAUCCUUAAUCUAGUUUGCUAGAUAAUGAACUGAAGCUGAUUAAUAGUAACUCUAGAGACCCGUGGAUUCGAUAUUUAUUAAUUGUGCCACUAUAUUGGAGUGCCUUUCAUUGGUUACUCUUGGCCAUUGUUAGGUGUUGUGUUUUAGCGUGUCAAGUUUUUGGCGCCGUUGCCGGGGACUUUCUAGAUUAUUAGGAAAGGCAGAAGUUUGUUACUUUAGCGUUUUUCUUUUCUUUUCCACCCUUGCUUUUCACUUGGGUGUUUUUGUUUUUGUUGGUGCAGCUCUGAAUCAUGGACCCUCAUGGCUUCUCCAACCAUUGGGGGUAUCAACCACCAUCCGUGUGGUAUUACCCCGAGACUUCCUGGAGCAAUCAAGGAGGAGAAGACUAUGGGUUCGGAUGUCAGUACCAACCCCCCUUCUACGGAGAACAACCAAAUCCUUGGGAACCUCAAGGAAAAUAUCCUUAUCAAGAAGAAUUCCUCCCACAACAAGAAGGGCCAUCAGAUCUUGAGUUCGCCACAGCCUUCACGGGCGAUCCGGCAGAGCCAUGCUACACUCCACAGCCAAAUCCAAACUAUCACUUGAGGUUUCUUGUGGAGCAGAUUGCUCGAGUACCUGAGAGAUCCUUUCCCGAGAUGGAACAUCAUAUCCAGGCCAUUGCCCAAACUGACUUCUCCUUUCCCCGUGAAACAGAGGAUACCCUUCGGAGCAUAAAGAAGCACAUAGAGGUCAUUGAGAAAGCCUGUUCACAGUUUUCUCAAGACAACCUUUAUGCUGCCGUACAAGUAGAGGUGGAGGAAGAAGAAGGCAAUCGUGAGGAUGUUGAGGAGCAUACAGAAGUUGUCAAGGAAAACUCCUAUGAUAAUCAUGAUCAAGUUUAUCCUCUAGUGGUAGAUCACAACUUUCCCCAUUUCCGCUAUGAAAUGCUGGGCCCGAGCGAGGAGAUGCAAGCUGAACUUAUUGAGAACCUUGCAUGGGGACUUGCUCUCCAAUCAGUUAUGGAAGAAGAAGAGAGAGAAAGGGUGAGGAAAGAAGUUGUGGAGGAUGAGGAAGAAAGAAAAGAAGAGGUAGUUCUUAAUCUUUUCCGAGGAGAGAGACCACAUUUUGAAGAAGGAAGGGGGGUUAAAGAAGCGAGUGGUGUCCAGGCUGAGGAUGAAGUUGAGGUGGAAGAGGCUUGCUCCGGCCCUAUAAUACAAGUAAUAUACCCACCAAACUUUGAGGAACUACUUAGCAAGGACCCAUUUGCAGUGUCUCUUUGCCAGACCAAGGCCACAUCAACAUCGGUCCCUCUUGGUGGACGCGAUGGUGGUCAAUCGAUUUUUUCAUAUAUGGUUUGGGGCAAUGAGACGAGAGAAGAGAAGAAGAGGUCUCGAGGAUGGAGACUUCAUUUGCAUCAAGUGCACGAGCUUCCAUCACCAGUCAUACCACAUGCUUGUGACUUGCGACUCCACCUCAUUGACGAGAACCUCAACUUUAAGGAGGUUCUAGCAUGGACCGAAACUUAGGAGCCAUCGUCCGGCUCACGACGUGAAAGAAGAGCUUGUUGGGAGGCAACCCGACCAGUCGGUUUGCAUUUCUUUCUCUAUUUCUCCUCGGUUGAGUCAGUUUUGUUAUUUGAUUUUAGAUUCAAUAACUCAACCUUUGUGAGAAUUUGUGUGGUGUUUGUGUUCUGACCACUCUCUCCUCCUGGAAUACACCGCCUGCCCCGUCCACCAUCAUUCACCCUGGAUCUGGUAACUUCGUUCUACCCUCCUUAUCUUUCCUCCAUUGAGGACAAUGUCGUGCUUAAGUGUGGGGGGAUGUUCGAUUAUGUAUGCGAGUGAAUGGUUGGCUGUUUGUGUGCUUGGAGCCUAGUCCACUGUCCAAAUUUUUAAAUUUGAGGGCUCCAAGUACUGCUGUAUGCUUGAUCAUAUUGUCACUAUGGUUUUAAUUGGUGAAUUGAAUGGCUUUCGACUUAAUGCAUGACAACUGGAUUGUGACUAGGACAGCCUAUUAUGAUGACUGAGACGUGUAGUAGGAUUGUGUAGGGGUUCAGUUUUUCAACUGUUUGCUUACCAACUGUGACUUGAAUGGAUCACUUGUUCUUGACAGUCAGUUAUGCAUCUAGUUCAGGGAAUCAGAAUGAGAGAUAGAGCAUAUAGGUAGCCAUGUGAGAUUUGAGCCUGCUCGUUUCUUUCUUGUGCGAUAGUUCCCUCUUCCAUUGUCACUAGCUAAGAUGAUGGAGGCAUAGGAUUAGCCCAAGACCAAAUUGACUGUCCUGGUGUGUCAUACCCCCUAGUCAGCCCCUUUGAGCCGUGUGUUAUCCUUUUUUCGGUCUUCAAUGAAAAGUCACCCUUUCGCAUCUUUUAGAAGGUUUCACAGAGUGAUUUUUACAUGUUCUCUGCUGUUUCUGCUAAAUAUAAUGUGAGAGUUGGAGGUAGUUCUUAAAAAGUUGGGCAUGUGUUUGAAAAUGUGCAGAGGUGGUGGUUCUCUUAAGAAAUGAAAAAAAUGAAAGAAAAACAAAGAAAAAAUGAAAGCAAAAGUGAGCUACCACCAAAAAUCUGAAUAGUGCCCCAUUAAGUAGUGUUUCUUAGCAGUUUGGCUUAGAGAUACUGGUAUUUAUGUGACCUCCUUCGCUCUUGUUCUCUGAAUAAUUUGAGUAAUGUAGAAUAGCAGAAAGAAAGUAAUGGUUUGAUUGACUGUGAGUUUGUUGGGUAUGGAAAUGUGGAACCUUGAGCUAUGAAUACUUCCACCACCUAAAAGGCCUUUUCCCCAUGUCCAAGACCCUAGCCAGUCAUUUGAACCUGUGUCUAAGACCUCCUGAUUAGUUAGUGAUGACAACCAUUUAUGUGGACUCUAACAUUUAGAGGUUGCCGUCAUGGUGAAGAGAUGUUAGGGAUUGAGAGAAUAAGCAUGCGUAUUUUUCGCAUCAUAUUGUCUUGACCCCACUGGUCGAGAGUGAGCGAUUCAUUUUCUCAUAUUCUCUAUACUCUUGUACCCCGGUGAGGACCUAGAUUGCUCGGUCUCUAUUCUGAUAUCUUGAGUUUUGUGCAUGAGGUGAGUGUCUUGAGUAAGUGGUUGAGUCAAUUCUAUGUUGAUUGACGAACAGAAGGGAGACUCCUCCUUUACUCGAUUUUGCUGCACUCGAAUGUCCUCUGUGAUGGUUGUCCAGGUUGCGGUUGAAGUUGUUCAUGUGUUGAUGUUUGAAAGCCGGUGUGAUUCCCAUGUUUUGUGCCUAUAUGAUUUGUCCCCAAUGUUGGUAUGAUUGAAAUUGUGAGCUUACCUUGUGUCUGACUUGGUUUGCUUGGGGACAAGCAAACGGUUAAGUGUGGGGGAGUUUGAUAACAUCGGAUUUGCACAUGUUUGCACCCUCGUUUCUUGAUCAUUUUGGCUUGAGUUUCUGAUUUCUUGGACUAUUUUACGCUAGGUUGUGUUCCUUUGUCACAUUUCAGGUCCUAGCAUGUGAAUUGAAGCAUAGGCGCAAGUUUCAAGUCAAUCGGAGGUCAUUUGGCAAUUCGGGAGAAGAAACACGAGCAUGACCUGAGGAAUAAUGGAAUUAUACCUCAUAUUAUGGACAAAUAAUCAUGGAAUUUUGUCAUGAAAAGAAAGAGGACGAGACUACGAGCGUCUGGGAUCAAACGGCGACUGAUUUGGAGUCCGGACGAGGGAGAAACGAAGCAUUAAACAGAGGCCGAGCAAGCCACACGCGCACGACUCACACGGCCGUGUGAACUGGCCAUGUGGCCGUGUGGAAAUCACCGAGCCUUCACACGGGCAGCUGGGAAAGCCAAACGGUUGUGUGGCCUGGCCGCGUGAUCGGGAAUUUCUGUUUAAAACUCGAUUUUCAGCCAAAGGAAAGGGGAGAGCUGGGUUUUUGGUUCCUAAACACCCAAGGGACGAACCCUAGAGAAAGAGAGCGACUUGGGCACAUUCUUGGAGCUAUUUUGGAGGAUUUCUUCGCCAUUGGAGCUCCGGAAUCAAGCAUGGAGAGAUGGAGAUUGAAGAUCUAGAUCAGAUUUCUGCAGUCUCUCUCUUCUCUAUGGAGUAACUUCCCUUCACUUAGGUUUUGAGGAACCCUAGUUCCAUGUGUUAGGAUCUUUCUUGUAUGAAGUUUUGGAUGCUAUAUUGUUUGAUUAUAAUCGAUUGAGGCAUUAUUUAUUGAGUCAAUUGAAUCUUGGUCAAAUUCUCUUGAUUUCUGCUUUAACCUAUGAUAGAUAGAAUCUGAUUAGGUUAAGAGAGCUUCCUUGUUGAUGGUGGUGAAUUGGUUAUACGAGAGUUAGUCAAUCUACUCCUUUGUACUGGAAUCCAAUUCCGGUAUUGGAGUUCUGUGUUCAUAGCCUCAGCUUUCUAUCCCAGUGAAGGUUAGUCGCCUGCCGGGUAGUUGGACUGAGAGGGCUUGGUCAUCUUAGAGAUUCCAAGCUACUGUCGGAUCUUCCGCAGUUUAAUCAACAGUAGAUCAACCAAAGGUAAUUGCAACUUGGACCUAAUUGAGGAGCUAGGGGGAAUCAUACCUAAGUGAGUUCACAACUUGUAAUUAGUAGAGUAGUUAGUAGAGUAGUUUAGUAGAUCAAUCCUUAAUCUAAUUUGCUAGAUAAUGAACUGAAGCUGAGUAA